AGUGCGACUGGGCAUGAAACCAUGUUAUUUACUACCAAAAUUUCCACUUUCUUUUCAUUAUCAAUAUUCAAGAGAAUUGGACUAGCGUAAAGAAAGAUGAAAGGCUUCUGUAACUCAACGAGUAUCACUCCUAUUACUCUUUCUUUUCUUUUCUUACUCAUUUGUAUUUUUCGAGAUGUGUUUGCGGUUCCUACUAGACACUUGUGUCGUCCCGAACAAAGGGAUGCACUUCUCGAGUUCAAGAACGAGUUUAAGAUUGGGAAGCCUAUUCUUCAAUGUACUGGCGUACAUCCAAAGACGGAGUCAUGGACCAAUACCAGCGAUUGUUGUAAUUGGGAGGGUAUCACGUGCAAUGCCAUCUCUGGGGUAGUGAUUGAGCUAGACCUUAGUUGCUUGCUUCCAUGGCAAGUUAGUUGCUUCCAUGGCAAGUUACAUACCAAUAGUAGUCUUCAAAACCUUCAUUCUCUAACCACUCUAGACCUUUCAUUUAAUGAUCUGAAUGGUCAAAUCCCGUCUUCGAUUGGAAACCUUUCUCAUCUAACCUCUCUCCAUCUUUCUAGUAACAGUUUGGUAGGUGAAAUCCCAUCUUCUUUUAGCAAACUAAACCAUUUGGCCAGCUUAGAUAUUUCUUCCAACAAGCUCAGUGGAAACUUCCCCAUUGCCCUACUGAAUUUGAUAGGGUUGUCAGAUUUAUCACUCUCCAACAAUCAGUUCACAGGCACGCUUCCUCCUAACAUCACUUCACUAUCUAACUUAAAAUUCUUUCACGCCAGUGGAAACUCUUUCGUUGGAACUAUCCCUUCUUCUCUCUUCACUAUUCCUUCUUUAGCUUAUGUUGACGUAAAAGAUAACCAACUUAACGGCACUCUUGAGUUUGGGUAUAUAUCUUCACCAUCUAACCUACAAUGGUUAUACAUUGGCAACAACAACUUCGAAGGCAUGGUUCCUCCUAACAUCACUUCACUCUCCAAGUUGGCGGUUUUUGAUGCAAGUGACAACAAUUUUACUGGAAGCCUUCCUUCUUCUCUGUUCACAAUUCCUUCUUUGACUUAUAUUGAUUUGAGAGAUAACCAACUCAAAGGAACUUGAGAGUUUGGGAAUCUAUCUUCACCUUCUAACCUAGAAGUGUUAGCCAUUGGGAACAACGUAUUCAAAGGUCCAAUUCCGAGAUCCAUUUCCAAACUAGUCAACCUUAGGCUACUUGACCUUUCUCAUUUCAACACCCAAGGCCCAGUUGAUUUUAAUAUCUUCUCGCAUCUCAAGUCGCUCCAAGAUCUUGACAUAUCCCAUUUGAACACUACAACUACAAUGGACUUGGAAGAUAUCUUAUCAUAUUCCAAGAGACUUUGUUCAUUGAAUCUCUCAGGCAACCAUGUUUCAGCCACAAACAUAAGUUCUGUUCCACAAUUGAUAUAUUCUUUGCACUUGUCAGGCUGCGGUAUCACUGAGCUUCCAGAGCUCCUAAGAACCCAAAACGGAAUGGUGAUUAUAGACAUUUCCAACAACAAAAUCAAAGGUCAAGUGCCUGGCUGGUUAUGGACGCAACCAUUUUUGGAAUAUGUGAAUCUGUCCAACAACACUUUCGUCAGCUUCGAAAGACCAGCAAAAUAUGGGCUAUCCCCAUUUAUGCAGCAUAUUUUUGGCUCCAACAACAAUUUCAGUGGAAAGAUUCCUUCUUUCAUAUGCUCGUUACAUUCUCUAAGCAUUCUCGAUUUAUCUGACAACGACUUUAGUGGUUCAAUACCUCGUUGUUUGGUAAAUCUCAAGAUCAGUACUCUUUCAGUUCUAAACCUUCGCCAGAAUCGUCUUAGUGGAGGUCUUCCAAAGAAUAUAUUUGAAAGCCUAAGGUCGCUUGACGUCGGCCAUAACCAACUUGUGGGAGACCUUCCAAGAUCUUUGAGAUUUUUCUCUACUCUUGAAGUUUUGAACGUGGAAAGCAACAGAAUCAAUGACACAUUUCCGUUCUGGUUGAGUUCUCUGCCGGAGCUACAAGUUAUUGUCUUGCGCUCUAAUGCAUUCCAUGGACCUAUACAUGAAGCCUCGUUCCCUAAGUUGCGAAUCAUCGACAUAUCGCAUAAUCACUUCAAUGGCACUUUGGCAACAGAGUACUUUGUAAGAUGGAUGGCUAUGUCAUCACUUGGGACAAACAAAGAUCGGUCUGACCAAAAGUACAUGGGAGAUGAAUCUGGCUAUUACCAUGAUUCAAUGGUUUUGAUGAAUAAAGGUAUAGAGUUGGAGAUGGUACGUAUCCUUCAAAUCUACACAGCAGUCGACUUUUCGGGAAACAAAUUUGAAGGAGAGAUUCCAAGGUCUAUCGGUCUAUUGAAAGAGCUUCAUGUGCUCAACUUGUCAAACAAUGCUUUCACUGGCCACAUCCCUUCAUCUAUGGGAAACCUGACAGCUCUCGAGUCGUUGGACGUUUCCCAAAACAAGCUUUCAGAAGAAAUCCCACAAGAGCUAGGGAACCUCUCGUUCCUUGCGUACAUGAACUUCUCUCAUAACCAGCUUGCAGGUCUAGUUCCAGGAGGCAAUCAGUUUCAAACGCAGCCGUGCUCUUCCUUUGAAGAUAACCUGGGACUUUUCGGCUCUUCUCUUGAAGAAGUUUGCAGAGAUAUUCAGACGCCAGCAUCGCAUCAACAGAAUGAAACGCCGGAAGCAGAGGAAGAAGAAGAAGAGGUGAUUAGUUGGAUAGCAGCUGCAAUAGGAUUCAUACCUGGUAUUGCCUUGGGUUUAACGAUUAGAUACAUAUUGCUUUCCUACAAACCAAAGUGGUUCAUGAACCCUUUUGGCCGAAACAUUCGUAGAAGCAGAAAUACCACAACUCACUAGAGAGGCUUUUAGAACCUAUCUGGGAGAACUCCAGGACGUCGACCAACCACUCUUUUAGUAACUAAUACUAUGUCCAAAUCCAGAUUGGUUUAGCUUUGUGUUUUUUUUGUUUCAAACCUAAAGUUACUCUCCCUUCAGACGGACAUGUAUAUUUGUUCGUUUCAAUUAAGACACAGAAAAACAGAGCAAUUAUAGAAUUUUGGAAUAUUUUGAUCAAAAAUCCAUUUACUAUAUUUUGAUAAAUUAAACCUUAUACAUGGAUAUAUUCGAAGUCA